ACAGCAAUUUUACUUCUGCUUUUUUUCGUUAUUUCUCUCUCUUUUUCUCUUACUCCUACUCGCCGAUCAGCGAUCUAUCGCGCGCGUUCGAUCGGCGAGUCCAGUUCUACCUGUUCCCCUCCCCUUUUUGUUGUUAGUUCUGGCACUUCAGGCAUUACUGCCGAGAAGUCCAAGUGAGUCCGAGAACCCUCUAUCCGCAUCGUGACGUCCGCACUGUUCCCAUCAGCAUAUUUAUAUACGGUUGUCCAGCUGACCGCGCGAAGACGAGAUGUCGUUGAUCAGGAUGUUGUGGAGGUGCACGUUUAGUCCGCGGCUUUUCAGGAUUUACGAGGUAACGUGGAUCGGUCUGGUUGACAAACCGUACGAGGCGAAGAACCUGGAGCGAUGGGGCGAUAACAUUGCGAUCUCUUUUGCGACGAUAUGGUCCAUAAGCCUUUACGCUGUACCAGUCAUUGCCAUGUUCGCCAUGUAUCAGCGUGGCUAUUCCUUGACAGAUAAUGUUUCUUGCUUGAGUAAAUUGGCUGCUGGUGCCGGUGCAUUUCUCGUUGCCUCGUUGGCCGCACGCGGUUACUCGAGAGUCAACAAUCCAGUGUAUGUGAAGUUUAUGGAGACCUUGAAUGAGGCACACUUGCAUUACAAUGCAAGCACAAAGCAGGAACUUCAGAAAUACGAUUUCGAAUUCUGGGCAUGGCCUGUGGAUUUUGAUGUGUCUGAAUUAAGAAGUGACACUGCAGAUAAAUUGACACUAGAAAAAAUUGCAAAGGCUAGUGGACGUCUCAGGAGACAAAGUGGCAAAGAAUUUUUAUUUGCUAUACCAUGUAAAUUACUUUCUUAUGUGGUAGCACACACCUUUGCGGGUAAACUGAUUUAUCCUGGCAGUAUAUCUUUCAUCGGCUGGGCACUCGGCUCUACAUUGGUAAAGGGAAGGAUAGAUUUAUUAAAACAAGGAGGAGAAAGAUUCAAAUUAAUGACUGUUGAUAAAAAUCAAAUUGAUGCAUUAUUCGUUGAUCGACGUAACAAAAGCGCUAGUGGCAAUAUAUUGGUUAUAACCUGCGAAGGAAACUGUGGUUUUUAUGAAACAGGUAUUAUAUCCACUCCUCUGACUAAGGGUUAUUCCGUGCUAGGUUGGAACCAUCCGGGUUUCGGUAGCAGUACUGGUGCACCGUAUCCAGACCAAGAAGAAAACACCAUCGAUUGUAUAAUGCGCUUUGCGAUCGAACGUCUAAAUUUUCCUGAGGAACGGAUUAUUCUGUAUGGCUGGAGCAUCGGAGGCUAUACUGCCACUUGGGCCGCUAUGAACUAUCCUUCUAUUCAUAGUUUGAUUUUAGAUGCUACUUUCGAUGAUGUACUUCCAUUAGCUAUUAAAACAAUGUCACCGUCCCUAGAAGGAUUAGUCCGUAACAUAAUCAGAGAUUACUUCAAUUUAAACAUAGCAGAACAAUUGAAUAGGUAUAAUGGGACUGUAUUGUUAGUGAGAAGAACAGACGACGAGAUCCUUUGUAUACCUAAUAAUAGUUUAGCUGGAAAUCGCGGUAACAUGUUGUUAAUGAAAUUACUUCUUAGACGUUAUCCGCAUCUAUUUUCCGAAACCUCUGAGUCUGGGACAGUUCUGUCGAGGUUCUUAUCUGCUGAAGCAGCCGAUAGAACAUCGAUAUUGGAAUCGUUCCAAGUGGAGGAAAAUCGUUGCCUAGAAUUGAUAGCGGCUAAUAUACGAAGUAAUGAUGGGGCGAUAAAUUAUCCGUCUACUCUAGGACAGGAUUGUCAUGUUAGGACAAAAUUACAGCUGGUUCUCUUCCUUGCAACGAUGUAUAUGAAAGAUCAAUCGUCGUCGCACUGCAUUCCGCUGUCUGUUGAUCUCUUUCAUCCAGGUUGGGAUCCAGCUUCCGCUGUUAUUGCAAAGUAGCUUUUACAGUACUAUAUUUUGAAUAUUGGGACACAAACUUCCAAACAGAUUUUUAUUUAUAUAGUGCAUCAUGAAAAGGUGAAAGCGAUAAUAACAGUGCAAUUUCGUGUUUAAGUUUAAUUAGCACACACAUACACUCAAACAUUAUUUAUUCCAUAUUAAUCUAUAAUCAAUCUUACAAAUUUUUGUGAAAAAUGUCACACACUAGAU